AUGUUGCAUUCUUCACAGAUGUGGCUUGUUUGCCUUUUACUGGUACGUAGUAUUUUUCAAGUGUUUUUUCGUCGUUGUUUUGGUGAAUCGCUUCAUCGAUUGCCCCUACGACAUAUGGUUACUAAUAAUGCACAGCCACGUUGAAGUGUAUUCAUAUAAAUGCCUCAAGGUUUCUAAAGAAACUAAGUUGAUAUGUACCUUUGCAGGCUAUUUUUACCUUUCCCUUCUCUCUCUGUGGCCAUGUGGUGCAGCUGACAACCCAAAACUUCGAUCAGAUCUUAGGUAAGACUAAAGAGUAUUAAAACACACUUAGAUGUCUUUCCAGCAGCUGUACAUUUAAAGCGUUUUCAAUGACCAACUCUGUUGUUUUGGAGCUACAAGUCAUUUUUUCUCGAAUUAGAGUUAGGAUCCAAACGUUAAUUGCAUGUUUCUUUUAUUUCAGCUGAAAAUAAAGUAGUACUCGUCAAUUUUUAUGCUGACUGGUAAGACUCACAAGAAGCGUUGAUUUGCUAAGGCGCUUCAGCUUGAGCUUAUAUGUUUUUCUUAUUCAGUAAGCCAGAGGAAGCCCUUGUUAUUUGUUUAAUCUUUAGAAUUAAAUUGCUUUUUCUAUGAUAUCUUACAGAGUAGGAUUUGUUUUCAACAAACUGUAUUUCAUACUAUUAUUAUUAUUUUGCAUACUGAAAGCUUAUAGCAGAUCUUUAGCUCAUAUAAUAUUUUAAAGAGUUGGGCAACUUUAUUUGAUCAGCUGACUUGUCUGAAUAUCAAAAGAACGUCUAUUCCACUGUAUCAGAACACAGAUAAUCACAGGGAGAGACUGAAAAGAUUUAUGGAAAAAAAUGCAUGUGCCUUUGCUUAGGACCAUAUCAAUUAUAUAGUCAUAUUGAUGCUGUAGUUAAAAGAUGGAUUUAGACUAAAUAGGCUUUUUAACCAUCAUUAAAGAUGCCAGGAAUUACCUUAUUUAGCUCAUUAGUUUGUCACCUUAUUCCCUUAUUGGUUUUUCUAUAACAAGCAAAAAAGAAAACUGAAUUAGCAUGUGUUCUUUCAGGUGUCGAUUUAGUCAAAUGCUGGCUCCUGUGUUUGAACAAGCAUCAGACAUUGUCAAGGAAGAAUAUCCAGUAAGGCUGUAGUGGUUAGAACCCUAGCUACAUUUACAGUCCUGGGCCCGGUUCCUUGAAAAAUGAUCAAGUUUAAGCCAAAUUUUAAGUGAGGUUUUCGUGUCUAAGAACAUGCAGCUUAAGCUUACAAAAUUCUGCUGAGCCUUUACUCCGAGAAACAGUAAUGAUAACACCAUACGUAUGUUACUCUAAACAAUACGCAGGAAGGCAAAGUACAAAAACGGAAUGAAAUUUUAAUCCUGGAUUAGUGCUAAUCAGCCUUUCAGGAACCAGGCCCUGGUCCCAAUUAAAAAGUGGAGAGCAUUAUUUACUGAAUAAAUUACUAUUUGGAAAUAAUGUGAUUGGUUAUGUCAAUAUUUAUUCAUUUCAUAGGGUUAUGUUUUGGGGGAUGGUCUUUUCUUCCCCUUCAUUUACCAGAUCUUGUCAAAAAACAAACACGUGACAAUUUAUAGCCUGAGAAAACAGCCAGCUCUUAAAAGGCUGAGCCAAGCAAGCCUUGCAAAGUGAGCCAGCCUGGCUAAGCAGGCUGGCUUAACUCCUAUAAACAGGCUGCCUCAAGUCUGGUUCUCUGGUAGAAAUGAGCAAUUACAGACCGAUAUCAAGUGUGCCCUGUCUAUAGAGGCAAUCCAUGGGCCUCUGCUAUUUCUGAAAAAUACACUUCAGUGGUGUAAAUCCCUUUGUUACUGUGAUAUUAUCACUUUUACAGAUCCCUGAGUGGUCAGCUGAGUGGCCCCAUUAUAACCAGGAAUAGUACACAACUUGAAAACCCUUGAAUUUUUAGAGUCUCCUUUUUCAAGUCCUUGAAAUUCUCUCUCAUUCAUUUGUUCCUUGAAAGUCCUUGAAUUUUAAUUGAGGAACAUUUUCAAACCAUUAAAAAACUUUGGCAAAAUAUAUACCAGUUUGAAGUGAACAGAAUACAGUUGGCAUUGAGGACGAUACUGAUUGCACAUGAUUAAAUCAUUCAUGUCUUUGCUGACUCUUUUGCCAUGCUUUCCGGUCAAUGAUCAUUACAGAAGUUAAUUCUUUGAUUAAUUACUUUUAAACGAAUUUGAAAUGUCCUUUAAUUUUAUAUUGGAAGAAGUUUAGGAACCCUGUGUAUCUCAGACCUUCAAAAUCUCAUGGUUUGAGUUAUGAACUCACGGUCUCAUGAUUCAGGGUUAAGUGAAACAUAGUGCACUUAAGUCUGUGAAAGGGUUAAUCUUUGACUCAAAGUGGCUACUCAUUGAAUACUUUUGAAUAGUUUAGAAAGCACUUAUAAUAUACAUGUAGAGAAUACCACAAGACGAAUAAUAUGCCAUUUUUAUUUCAUUUGACAUGUUGUCUUUACUUUGCAGACUGGUGUUGUGAUGGGUAGAGUAGACUGUGAGGCGGAGCAAGAAAUUGCACAGCGAUUUCACAUCACCAAAUACCCAACACUUAAACUGUGGAGAAAUGCUCAGGUAGAUUAGUUUGAAUUAAUUCCAUUGCUCUGGAAAUAGGUGGACUGCAGUUUUUCGCACAGAGCAGGGCUCCAAAUUAAAAAAAUCCUCAGGUCGUCUUUUGGUGACCAACUGGAGAAAUAUAGUUACCAGAUGCAGAUUUUUAUUCGCCAGUUUGUAUAAAGUAUAUGUCAUGCAGCUCAUAAUAUGGCAUGAUCCAUCAGAUUUGAUUGUUUGAAAAUAUUUUGGGGAGAAGUCGGUAUAAAUUUGGAGGUAAACUGGCUUUGUUUAUGUGAUUUGGCACAGCAAGAUAAGAUGAAAUGUUUGUUUUAACUUUACUCUUUUAAUUUCAAUCUAAAUCAUAGAGAAAUCUGGUCACCAAAGUGGCGACUAAACCAGAAUUUUAGUCGCCAAGGAGAAAAUGUUAGUCACAUUGGUGAGGGUAUCAGUCGCAAUUUCAAGCCCUGCAGAGAAUAUAUGCCUUCUGUGCAGUAUUUUGACUUGAAAAUUCAACCUGACAUGUACAGUUUCCAGCAUGAUGCCUUGAAUCUUACAUGUGCUAUGUAUGUUUUUGUUAUUUCAGGUGACAAGAAAAGAGUACAGGGGUCAGCGGUCUAUUGAUGCUUUUUCAAACUAUAUCAGAAAUCAAAUGCAAAGCAGAAUCCAGGAAUUUCAUGCUCUAAGUGAUUUAAAUGUUGAUGUGAGUUCUCCAAGGUGUUGAUUUUCUUAGUAAUGCACUUUAUUUGAGGUGGACAGAAUUACACCUUUUUUAUACCAAGAUAAGAAGCUUAUUAUCACCUUCUAAUUGUCAUUGCUUUUGCUUUGUUUUUGAUUAGUCUUCAAAACGAACUGUUAUUGCAUACCUGGAAAGUAAAGACAGUGACAGUUACAGGAACUUUGAAAAGGUAUUAUUUCACUAACAAUUAUAUGAUAUUUCCCAAAAUAACUUUAUUUCAGGCUGACCUCCUUUAAUGUUCUCUUUUUGGUUUAAGAUUGCUGAGGAGUUCAGGGAAGACUGUAAUUUUCAUGUAGGAGUUGGGUAAAUUUUGUUUUAUUUUAUAUCAACUUUCAAUAUCUCUUUCUUGACAUCUACAAAAGUCAAGUAACAUCCUUCACACUGUAUAUCUGCAGAAAGAGGUGAAAGUAAAAUUAAAACAAAAAUAAAUCUGGAUUGUAGCUACUUCACUGUGUGGUACCUGUUAUGGAGACAUGCUCACAGAGCCUAACUUUUGAACUGGGUAAUGAAAGCCUAUCUGUAGUGAAUAAAAAAUACAAGGACCACACCAAUAAUGGUUGGGAUUAUUUGUGAUUAAAUAUUGUGAAUUAGUUUUAAAAGUUAAGAGAUUUUUAAAGGAGCAUUUUUUUCUUAUGCAGGGAUGCCUCAGUUAAAGAAAGACAAACAGGAGAAAAUAUUGUUUUCAGGCCACAGAAUGUAAGUGGGAAACAUGUGUGUGAAACAUCAUGUUCAUUUUACUUUGGCUAGAUAUAAGUACUAGAGACUAAGCCCUAUCAAAGUAUGUAUUUGACUAUGAUUUCUGGUCUGUUUGUAGAGAGGUUCAGAGGCAGAGAUGAUAUACAUGGGUGAUCUCACAAAUUUUAACCUUCUCAAAAUUUGGGUGUCAGAUAAGUGUAUCCCACUUGUCAGAGAAAUCACCUUUGAAAAUGCAGAGGAGCUGACAGAGGAAGGUGUUCCUUUUCUCCUUCUCUUCCAUCAUCCUGAUGAUCAAGCCAGCGUUGAGCUUUUCAAAUCAGAAAUUAGCAAACAGCUUAUAAUGGAGAGGGGUAAGUAAUGCCGGCACAGAUAACAGUACCACGGGACACAUAAAGUGAGACUUUCACCCCUCCCCUCCCCCUAGAGAUGAUCAACAUUUCUAGUUACCAUUCAUACAUGCAUUCAUUUAUGUAUAUUCAGGUGUGAAAUAGGUAGUGGCUUAUUACAUGCGUAAGGUUACACUUAUUUUGCAAAUGUCUGAAAUAGACAUUUGGCUUUUAAAUUUUAUUUAAUUGUUUACACAGGCUGUGAAAGUGCAUUUCUUUACAAUAAAAUUAUUAGGUCUACAUCAUGCGUGAUGUGAACCAUUUAAUUUUUUUCCAGGAAAUGUCAACUUUUUAAUUGCUGAUGGACUGAAGUUUUCUCACCCUUUGCAUCAUUUGGGUAAAGGACCAGAGGUAACUACAGUAGCAUCAUCAUAAAACAGCAUUAUUAGAAAUAAAUUGUGCCAGUCAAUUUGACAUUAUUCCCAAACAAUGCACAUCUUGUAAUGGAGGGUCAAAACUGGGUGGCAUAACCACGGUAGGAUUAGCUCAUUCGGUAGAGUCCUUGACUGCAGAGGAGGUCGUGAAUUCGAUUCCCGGGACUGGACCAAUACUCAGGCUCUUAAAAUAACGGAGAAAUGAAGGUACUUGCAAGCAGGUAGACCUUCACGUGGCUUGGAUGACCACAUAAAAUGGGGUUCCUGUCUCUAGUCACAGACUUAAACAGUUUUAUAGUGUGCCUCUUCCUGGUCAAAAUUGAAUUCAGGUUAAAAUUUUUUAACCUAGGUUGAUUCUCAAUUUCCUGUCUCCUAGCUCUGGUUCAUGAAUAAUUAGGGCUAGACGACAAAGGAGAUUGAGAAUCAACCUACUUGUAGGUUAAAAAAAUUUAACCUGAAUUUAAUUUUGACUUGUAACAUCCCCAAUUAGUACUUUCAUGCUAAAUACAUUGACACUCAAAUAAAGUGCAUAAUUUAAAAAAAAAUUACCAGUGUUUUAUUGCAUAUGAUUUUGUAUGUAAGCGUAUAAAUGUGGUUCUUUUUUUCAGGAUCUUCCUCUCAUUGCUAUUGACAGCUUUAAACACAUGUACCUCUUCCCAAAGUUUGAUGAUAUCAGGUAAGUAAUUUAUGACCGUAGAGAUUUGCCAUGCCUGGUUUCAACUGGUCACUGUAUGUUACAGAACUUCUGAAAGGAUAGUAUGUCAGCACCCUUCAUCUUUCCUCCUUCCCUUUGGUGUAACAUAUACUACUCAUCUUGUUAUGAGAGUGAAAAUGGAGUUGUGGUUAUAGUGGUCAUAAGACUAUUAAAUGUCCCGCUUGUUCAUCAAAAGUAGUUAUUAUUGUCAUUAAAUUUCUGUCUAUAUAAUGUUGUUUUAAGUUAUCAUUUUUAAGUUUGUAAGAUGAGUUUUUAUUAGAACACCACAACCCCAACCCUAACCGUUAUUCCUAUUCCUUUUUUACUUUAAGAUAAAAUUUUACUAUCUUAUUACCCCUUUCAACAGAACCCCUGGAAAGCUGCCAAAGUUUGUGGCUGAUUUGCAUUCAGGAAAGCUUCACAGAGAGUUCCAUCAUGGCCCAGAUCCAGAAGAGCAAACUGUAAGAGCAGUUUAUUUUGUUUCAUCCCAAUUUUCCUGCACACUGUGAGCGGUAUUUUUUAAAUCAAAAAUCUGUAUGGCACAAAAUGCAAGUGUGAUAUGUGAGUUGUGAAGCUAUGAGCUGCACAUUGUGCUGGUAUCACUAGAAGUGCAGGCUCUUGUAAUUUUAACUUUUAACUGUGAAAAAAGCUUCUUGAAGAGAUUCUUAACAAUUGGCAUUAUAAAUCUUAGGCUUUAGGCAUUUUAAAAUUAAAAUAAUUAUUCAUCAGCCUGUAUAAUAGAAAUUAGGUUACGAAUGUCAUUUAAAUUUGAUUUUAAGAUCGUCAUGUAAUAUGUUUGUAUGUACUUCUGAAAAGCCCUGAUAAGGGAUGGAGUAUGAUAAAGUAUGUCGGUAUGUAUGUAUGUGUGAUGUAAUCAACAAAACGCUUGCCCUUGGAUAACUCUCUUAAAUUAUUUAACUUAGUUCAAUAAGAUUGAUUUAUACUUAACACUAAAACCUCAUUUUUAGGAGGAGCCACAAACACCUGAUACAGGUACAACUGGAACAGAUGGCCAAGGUGAUGGUACAGAGACACAAACUGAAACAGAUUCAGGACGAGCGACCAGUGGGUCAGGCAAGAAGGAACAGACAUCACCACCAGAGACUGUCUUUAAAAAGCUUGCACCCAGUUACAAUAGAUACACUCUAUUAAGGGAUGAAUUGUAAUUGUCACAUAUUUUAGUAUUUUGAUAAAAAUUUCUGCAUAUUUUUGGGAAGAAUAGAAUGGGUUGGACAUCAACCAAAUGGUGGGGGAGAGAGGUGAAAAAGUGUAGUAUCAGUUGACUUGAUAUGGUAGUACAUCAGUCAAGGUUUUAUUUCUCAGUGAACAAAGUUUUCCACCCCAAAUAUUUUAUCAACUUACUAUAUAUGUAACGAGAUGUUGUCAGUGGAACCUACGCAGCAUUUCUCCAUGUGCAAAACUAAACUGCCAUUUUUCAGGGACAGUUUUCAGAUAAACACAGAGAUUAUGCUAGCUCUCAGAGUUGAUAAGGUAGUGAACAUCUGUGUGAUUUGUCACCUUAAAAAGUGCUAUUUGAGCCAUUAAUUUUAUUUGUUUUUGAUUAAUUAAUUUUGUUUGUCAAGGUAGCAGUAUUUUAAAAAUAAUCCUCAAUUUUAACUUAUGUGACAACUGAGGCAGUCAUGCUGGUGUAUAAUACAAUAAGAAAGGUUUCUGCAGAAUUUGCAUCAAGAUAGAGUUAAAUUUGCAGUGGAGGAUCUAUUUUCCUUGAACACCACUUAGCUGUCAUGCUAUUACACACAAACCACAGUGACAGAGAGAAGCAAACAAUAAAUUAUGGUACUCUUGGAUUUCAAGAAAUUAUGACAAAAAAAUAAUUAAAAAUCUCAAAUGCUACAACCAGCAUCCAUUCUAUCUAGUGAUAUACUGUCUCAUGUAUGGAGUAACUCAAUGUUUUGAAUUGUAGCUAAUUCCCAAACAUUUUGAGAUCUGACAUUUGCUGUCAUAGUGCCAAUGUGGCAAGUGGCAGGGUGUGAGUUGUAUUUUGGGAGGAACAUCAUGACAAUGAGCUUAAUAUUAUAAAAAUGACAUUAAUAAUUAUUACAUGACAAAAACUAAUACAGUGGAACCUCGAUAUAACAAACCUCUGCACAAUGAAGUCCUUUAUGUAAUGAAAAAUUUCCUUUACUCUAGUAAUAGUAUGGAAAAGAACCUUGAUGUAACAAAACCUCGUUAUAGACAACUAAUUUUGCCAGUCCCUUGGUCCUUUGUUAUAUGGAGGUUCCAUUGUAUUGUGUGGUGUGGUAAUUAAACCGUGGUUAAAUCUUGCAUCUCCUUAUAUUUAUUUUACGUUAAAACCUAGAAUACUCUUACAAAACUGUAAAAAGGACAGUAGGAUGAUAGCAAGGACAUUUUGGGAAAAUACCUGUCAAUAGUUUUGUAUUCAUGCAUAGCCUUUGAUGUCAACAUAGACUGUGAGUUAAAAUUGUUGGUAAAAGAUCUGAAACUACUAAUGCUAUAGUUAACAAGUACAAGAACAUUGAACCUGUUACUCUCGACGGUCAUUUCCUCACAUUUUUCUGUAAAUAACUCUCAGCAAAACAGUGGACAAAAUUUUACAUUGAAUAAAAGACAUCAUACUAUAACAACUGCCAGAACCUUCAGUUUUUCAUUUCUCAUUGAAAAUAAAAUAUCGUCUGGAUCAAGUGCCCUUGGCUCAGGGAUGGAGGGUGGACAGAAAGAAUUUUUCCUAACCCUCACUCCCAGUAAAUGAAAAUGUCAUUUAUACCACACAGAAAAGAAAAACAAAAUGGUUUUGUUAUGUAAUGUUUAACUAGUGGAUCAAAGUUCUUACAAGACCUAAACGAAUUUUAGUUGGGUCAUUUUACCAUUAGUUAUUUUGUUUCUGGAGGCCUUUCAAAAUUCAAUUCUAAAUUAAUUUUAUUAUUACUCAAUACAAUCUAGAGAAAAGUAUAACUUCCGCUUAAACAAUGAAUGAUAUUAGUAAAUUUGGACCUGUUACCUUUAUUACUUCAUAUGGUUUCAAUUCUGUGAUUGUUUUGUUAUAAUGUUGGUGAGACACG